AUGACGGUGUCCUACACGCUGAAGGUGGCCAAUGCCCGCUUUGGGGGCUUCUCGGCCCUCCUGUUCCGCUGGCGGGGGAGCAUUUACAAGUUGCUCUACAAGGAGCUCCUGGUGUUCCUGGGCCUCUACGGCGUGCUCAGCCUCACUUAUCGGAAGCUGCUGUCCCAGGAGCAGAAGCGGAUCUACGCCCAAGUGGCCCGAUACUGCAACCGCUCUGCAGACCUCAUCCCCAUGUCCUUCGUUCUGGGCUUCUACGUGACCCUGGUGGUGAAUCGCUGGUGGUCGCAGUACACGAGCAUCCCGCUGCCAGACCGCCUCAUGUGCGUGGUCACGGCCACUGUGCACGGGGACGACGAGCGCGGCCGCACGCUGCGCCGGACUCUGCUGCGUUAUGCCAACCUGUCCUCCGUGCUGGUGCUGCGCUCCGUCAGCACCCGAGUGCUGCGGCGCUUCCCCACCAUGGACCAUGUGGUGGAAGCAGGCUUCAUGUCCCAAGAGGAGCAGCAGAAAUUUGAGAGCCUGCACUCAGACUUCAACAAAUACUGGGUUCCUUGUGUCUGGUUCACCAACCUGGCUGCCCAGGCUCGAAGAGAGGGCCGAGUGCGAGAUGACAUCGCCCUCGGGCUGCUCUUGGAUGAGCUGAAUCAAUACCGAGGCAAGUGCAGCUUACUCUUUCACUAUGACUGGAUCAGCAUCCCCCUGGUCUACACUCAGGUGGUGACCAUUGCUGUCUACUCCUUCUUUGCCUUCUGCCUCAUUGGACGGCAGUUCCUGGAGGGUGCUGAGGCCCCAGAGUCAGGCCAAGAGAUACCCCUGGGGAAUCUGGAUCUCUAUGUGCCACUUACCACCCUUCUACAAUUCUUCUUCUAUGCUGGCUGGCUUAAGGUGGCUGAACAAAUUAUCAACCCCUUUGGGGAGGAUGAUGAUGACUUUGAGACCAACCAACUCAUCGAUAGAAACCUGCAGGUGUCACUGCUGUCUGUGGACAACAUGUAUGGAGACCUGCCAGCCAUGGGCCGGGACCGGUACUGGAGCGAGGAGGCGGCUCAACCCCCCUACACCCAGGCCUCAGCGGCGGACAGCCUGCGGCCCUCCUUUAUGGGUUCCACCUUCAACCUGCGGUGA